AGCCCGUGGCCGGCCGGGCUCCGCUCCGCGCGGCACCGGCAGCGGCGGGGGCAGGGAACGAACGAACCGGAGCUCACGAGCCCGAGAGCGGAGCGGCUAGGCGGGGAGGGGACGCACUGCCGAGCCGGGGCUGGAGCGGCGGUGGCGGCGGCGACAGCGGGGGAGGGACGGCCCCACGGACGGACCGACGCACGAACCGACCGAGUGAGGGAGGGACGAGCGAGACUUCGCCGGCGAGGAGGAGCCGCCCGAGCGGCGGCUGCUGGGCGCUUCCCCGCGCUGCUGGGCGCUCUGCGCCUCGGCGGCCCCCGGCCGCAGCUUCCUCGCGCGCGCGGGGCGCGGGGCCUGGGGCUGGCUUCGGCGCAGGAGUCACUGAACUAACUCCAAGCUGGUGUGCACAGUGUCUGGGCAGCUACCAGCCCAAAAGCUGGGGUCACCAUGGCGGCGGGAGUUGCAGCCUGGCUGCCUUUUGCCCGGGCUGCAGCCAUUGGAUGGAUGCCAGUGGCCAACUGCCCCAUGCCUCUAGCUCCAGCUGACAAGAACAAGCGGCAAGAUGAGCUGAUCGUCCUCAACGUGAGCGGACGACGAUUCCAGACGUGGAGGACCACUCUGGAGCGCUACCCUGACACCCUGCUGGGUAGCACAGAGAAGGAGUUCUUCUUCAAUGAGGACACCAAAGAGUACUUCUUUGACCGAGACCCAGAAGUGUUCCGCUGCGUGCUCAACUUCUACCGCACUGGGAAACUGCACUACCCGCGCUACGAGUGCAUCUCUGCCUACGACGAUGAGCUGGCCUUCUAUGGCAUCCUACCUGAGAUCAUUGGAGACUGCUGCUACGAGGAGUACAAAGAUCGCAAGCGGGAGAACGCGGAGCGGCUCAUGGAUGACAAUGACUCUGAGAAUAACCAGGAGUCCAUGCCCUCACUCAGCUUCCGCCAGACCAUGUGGCGGGCCUUUGAGAACCCACACACCAGCACCCUGGCCCUGGUCUUCUAUUACGUGACUGGCUUCUUCAUUGCCGUCUCGGUCAUCACCAACGUGGUGGAGACGGUGCCAUGCGGCACGGUGCCUGGGAACAAGGAGCUGCCAUGUGGAGAGCGCUACUCGGUGGCCUUCUUCUGCCUGGACACUGCCUGCGUAAUGAUCUUCACGGUGGAGUACCUCCUCCGACUCUUCGCGGCACCCAGCCGAUACCGCUUCAUUCGCAGUGUGAUGAGCAUCAUUGACGUAGUCGCCAUCAUGCCCUAUUACAUUGGCCUGGUCAUGACCAACAAUGAAGAUGUGUCCGGGGCCUUUGUCACGCUCCGGGUCUUCCGUGUCUUCAGGAUCUUCAAGUUCUCCCGACACUCCCAGGGCCUACGGAUCCUGGGCUACACCCUGAAGAGCUGUGCCUCGGAACUGGGCUUUCUCCUCUUCUCUCUCACCAUGGCCAUAAUCAUCUUUGCCACUGUGAUGUUUUAUGCGGAGAAGGGCUCCUCUGCCAGCAAGUUCACAAGCAUCCCUGCAUCUUUCUGGUACACCAUCGUCACCAUGACUACACUGGGAUAUGGAGACAUGGUGCCUAAGACCAUCGCAGGGAAGAUAUUCGGCUCCAUCUGCUCCCUGAGUGGUGUCCUGGUCAUUGCUCUGCCAGUUCCUGUGAUAGUCUCCAACUUCAGCAGGAUCUACCACCAGAACCAGAGAGCAGAUAAACGCAGGGCACAAAAGAAAGCCCGCCUUGCCAGGAUCCGUGUGGCCAAAACAGGAAGCUCCAAUGCCUACCUGCACAGCAAGCGCAAUGGACUCCUCAACGAAGCCCUGGAGCUGACGGGCACCCCGGAAGAGGAGCACAUGGGCAAGACCACGUCACUCAUCGAGAGCCAGCACCACCACUUGCUACACUGCCUAGAAAAGACCACUGGGUUAUCCUAUCUUGUGGAUGAUCCCCUGUUAUCUGUACGAACCUCCACCAUCAAGAACCACGAGUUUAUUGAUGAGCAGAUGUUUGAGCAGAACUGCAUGGAAAGCUCAAUGCAGAACUACCCGUCCACCAGAAGUCCUUCUCUGUCCAGCCACUCGGGCCUCACCACCACCUGCUGCUCCCGUCGCAGUAAGAAGACCACACACCUGCCCAACUCCAACCUGCCAGCCACUCGCCUGCGCAGCAUGCAAGAACUCAGCACGAUCCACAUCCAGGGCAGUGAGCAGCCCUCCCUCACCACCAGUCGCUCCAGCCUUAAUUUGAAAGCAGACGACGGACUGAGACCAAACUGCAAAACAUCCCAGAUUACCACAGCCAUCAUCAGCAUCCCCACUCCCCCAGCUCUAACCCCAGAGGGAGAAAGUCGGCCACCUCCUGCCAGCCCAGGACCCAACACGAACAUUCCUUCCAUAGCCAGCAACGUUGUCAAGGUCUCUGCCUUGUAAAACCACUGGACAGAGGGCCCGAGGGGGUAGUGGGGAGUCAAGGGGGCUGGCAUGUUGGUGGGUGGCCCCUGGGACCACUCCCUCCCCCUUCCCCACUAUUUCUGCCUGCCCCGUUGCACCCCAGCACUUGUGCCUGGAGGGGAAAGGAAGCAGCAAAGGGUUCCUGAGGAUCCCACUGCCGGUGUGGACACAGCCCUGUGACACUGCAUCUUGCUGGGGCCGGAGGAAGGGAGGGGGUGGGUAGGGGAUGGGCCAUUAGGAGGUGUAGGCCGCUUGCCUGGACAGGGCCUGGUGGGGGGACCUCAGACCAAAUAACAGUUGUUUCUGGAGACCCCAGUGAGGAAAACACAAGACCAAGAGCAGCUCAGAGGCCGAGUCGUCACACGCAAACAGGAAGAAAAUAUAACACUGUGUAUUAAGCACCUUUUUCAAGGAUCUUAAUGGAUAAUAUUUAUUCAUGGGAAAAGGUGGAAAACAAAAUAAUCAAUGGAUUUUUGUGAAAUGUUUUUCUCCAUGGACCCAACACCUUUAAACCAAAACAAUGCAUUUUGUGAGGUUGGUUUUUAUUUUUCUCCUUUUAUAGCAAAAGCUUUUAGGCUCAGAGUCAGUUAUUGCUGAGUUCCCUCCCCACUCCCAGGGGGAGUGAGGUCCCCUUUGCUGGGUCCUCACUGCCCAGCUGACCUGCGCAGCUGUCAGGCAACCACACAGCACCCCUUCUGCUCCGUUCGUCUGUCUCCUGUCUCUGUACCUAUCUGCUUCACCUUGGCUGUCUCGGUAUCCAACCGUCUGUCUCACCAUGGACAGUAAAGCCUUCUCUGUCACUGCCAAGUACUGCAGACCUGUGCCUGGGAGUCAGGCCGAGCAAAUGCAAAUACAGAAAAGAAAGGAAGUCAAGUGGGGUGAGUUGAAGGGUGAGGUAAGUCUACCUUAUGAACAGAGGUGCUUCCCUUGUGACUGGAGCCACUUGUCUUUGUAGUUUGUUGUAGGGGGAGUUGGGGAAUAGUCAUGUGUAUCACACUGAGUCUUGAAAACGGAAACAGCCACUUCAGAAAGCAGUUGUUUCUGCUCUACCCCAGGGAAGACAGAAGCACCAAGGCUCACAGCUUCCAGAGCUCCGGGGCACUUUGCUAUGGACCUUCCUUUAGGAUCCACCAUGAAGCCCAUGCAGUGAGUGCUCCGCCACGCGGCUCCAUGAGCAUCCUCAAGAACAAUGGACUUACAGCCCAAGGCAGUUCCUAUACAGAGGUUAUGAAGGUUAAGCCUGUGUGCCUCGUGAGGGAUGUUUCAAAGCAAGAAAGCAAGCAUGAGGCUCUAGAUGAUUCUUUCCUGGUCUAAAAGAUGCCUUGAGGUCUGAGUCAUCUUCAGGCCUCAUCUCUAAAGACAGCUGAAGUGUGGGAACACUGAUGACCUCCACGCAAAUGAGGGAGUGGAGAUUACUUCUUGAAAACGUGGAUAAUAUGUUUGUUCAAGUUAUUUACAUGGUAGUGGGCCUGGGAACAGUAUUUCUGGAAUCUUCCUAAUCAUUUUCACCACUUACAAUGGAGCAGGUUAGCCUCGGGUUAGUUACAAGUGCCCUUUCCUGCCCUUCCCAACCCCAACUACUUUUCCUGCGGUUUCUGAAGCCUGGGUGGGAUCUGAGGCAUAUGAGCUGCUUAGGAACUUCUCAUCCAUUCUACAGCUCACAGAUAAGCUGUUCAUUUGCAAGUCCCAAAUCUCUGCCUACUACAACUAUAGAUGGGUUUUUCUGGUCAGGGGCCUGAAAGCACUCCUGGGGCUUCCAUGGCCCCAGCUCCAGGGACUCUGUACACAGAGGAGUCCAUGUGUUUUGAGGGGGUACCAAACCAGAAAGUAGACAGAAAGGCAGAAGAAAGGUGCCCUUCUUUCCAUCUUUGUCUCCCUGCCCUUAUCCUCAAUGGCUACUGACAGUCCUUUCUUUAGAUCUGGCCCCAGGAUUUCCCCUUAUCAUGGGCAUGGAGUUAUUCUUGCAAUCCAGUAAUUCCGUACAUACAUUUUAUCAGCCAAGGCAGAGAGCCAAGCUGGACCCAGUUUUAGCGGGUAGACAAAGAACUAGAAAAGGAUCUUUCUUUUGAAAGAAUGGACCAACCAUGAGACAAAGGAAUGUCCAAGUGCAUGAUACAUCCUAAGAACUGAGUGGGAUAAGGAUACAGAAUUUAAAAGGAACACUGUUGCAGUCACAUACACGCCACCGUUCUAUUUAAGAACAAGUCACUACAGGGCUAAGAUGAUGACUCAACCAAGCAUCUCCAUGUCAUUUGGACAGUGCACAGCACAGCAUACUAUGGCUCUCAUGAAAAGAAAUAUAUUUUUAAAAUUGUGUCCCCCAAAUUCCACGUUUUAUUGACUCUAGUGAACUGAUGUUGUGUUGCUUCUAUUUCAUUUCCAAAGCCCAUAUCAUGCCUGUCCUCGCCACCACCACCACCACCACCACCACCACCCCCCACCACCCCCCGCAAAAAAAGCAUUAGACCCUCUUCAUUUUCAUCUUCCCAUUGCAGUCUUGUUAGGGGAUAAGGGACCCAGCUCACAUGUGCGCAAAGAUAUCAACGCAGGAAAACAGCUCACAGCCAUAUAUCUCCUAAGGGUAUUUGUGAUUAAGUACAGGGACAAAAGUGUGCUGGAACAAUUUAGUAAGUCUGACUCAUUGGCUAGUAAGUGAAGAGCCAGGAUAUCAGAAUCUUCUGGAGACCAACAGCUUUCUGGUGCAAUGACUCAUGGUGCACAAACCAUGUUAGAAUAACUGAAAAUUCCCCAAGCUACCACUCCAUUCAACCCUACUUAGCACUGGGGGAGAGGGUAUCAAAAAGACAAAUAUAAAAAGCCUAAGACUACAUUCAAAUAACAAAUGGGAAUGACUUGGAAAUAUAAUAUUGAAUAUACCAGACCUAGAGAAGAUUAAACAAUAGCUAAUUCAUUUUACAGUGUAGAAAACUGAGGCCCAGAGAACUUGACUCCUUCAAGGUAAUGUAGUCAUUUAAGAAUAGAAUAGGGACCAGAGCACAAGACCCUUGGCUACUAGUCUAAUGUGUUUUGUUUUGUUUUGGGGGUUUUUGUUUGUUUUUUGUUUUGUUUUGUUUUGUUUUUUCAAUACACCCUUUGCCUCGCAUAGUUAAUACGUUGGGGAAGGUCCAUCAAAGAUGCCAUGACAUAACUAGAGAUAUUCUUGUGUAAAUGUCAACACAACUUGAUGUAGCCCUGGAAAUCACCUGACUAUACUAACACAAAUUAUAGACAUCAGAGCCACCAUUUCUUGGGUAGAGCAAGCUACAGGUGAUCAUUUCUAUCAGUGAAGAGGGAAUAUCCAAGAUUUUCCAGGCAAAUGCUCAAUUUUCUCAAUGAAAAAGAGACUUGGACAAUGACAUUUCAAAGCAUAUUUUUCUGUUGCUUCUCACCACAAUCUGUGAAGGUAGUCAACUUAGUAAAUCUUUGAUUCAGAGAAAAGAAAUGGGCACAAAGAAACUGAAUGACUCAUCUAAGGUUUCAUGGCAAGUUAAUGGCAGAAUUGUGAUUUGAUCCAGAACUUAGACAUCACGUCUUGGGAGAGUCUCCUAUAUCCUGCUCUAUGGCUCUAAGGUUUGCUCAUAUUUUUAAAAGCUGGAUUUCAAGGGAGAUGAUUAUGGGAAACAUUCCUGAAGUAGCAAGACCUCCUGAAACAUACCAUUAUUUCUUCCUCAUUCCCAUUUUUUCCUAACUAGUCUCAAGCUCAGGACUAAUUGUACAGAACCCCUUUCAAAAGACCAGUAGAUACUCUCAACAACAUAUUAGAAUAUGACCACAUAAUUUGAACAGAUGUUAAGGAGGACGGUAAAUGAUGAUCCAUGGUUGACAAUGGUCACAUACAGAACUGUUGAGGACAUUAUACAGUUGUUUUGUUUUCCCCGCAGUUCAGGAUCAAGUCAUUUUCUUAUCAGAAAGCAGGUAUGGAAAGUACCUGGGAGCAUUAUAUGCUUAGAUCAUUUUCCUUGUCUUUUUAAAAAUAGCAGUAGUGAUUGAAAUUGAGCUAGCAUUAGAUUUGAAAUUAUUAAUGAAUUCUAGUGACUCAGGCUCCCUCACUUCAAUUACUAGGUAACUAAGUAAGGCAGAAGGAGCCCAAUACCAUUCAUUUGAAGUAAUAGUUUCCCUUUCAUGCUAGUUGGCAUGGUAACCACCGUAAAAGGAACACGAGAGACUUUUAUUUUCCCUCUGAUUUCCUAAUGAAUUCUCAUUACUUGCAAAGCUUUAAAAUGAUGGGAUAAAGGAAAAACAUUGUCAUGACCCAUGACACUUGGAGCCCAAACAGCAUCAUGAAAAGCAUUAGAACCAAGGAAACAUGGCUUUGAAGAAUGAAAUGGCUUUUUAAAGGGGUUCCUUAUGGGUCUUGUUUUUUAUUCAGGAUAUUCUAUGUUUUCUCAUCAAAUGUAGUAAUGACAUUUAUCUUAGCAGGUUCUUUAAACUAAGCUGGCUGAUGUCACAUUAGCCAGUGCAGGGCACUGACCCAAGUCCUGGGGGACUACUUGGACCAAUGGACUAUUUUACAAACCAGGGAGGUGGGAGGGAUGGUAUAUUUUUGAUAAUCAGACAUUCCAAUGUUUUCCUUAGAGGUCAUGAGCUCCCAUUAAUGUUCUUGUGAAAAACAUCAAGUGUGUUUUUUCUAUUUUCGUAUAAUUACUGGGCUUUGCUUAACAACAUCACAACAGCAAAGGAAUACACUGUACAAAACUGCAGGAAGACAAAUGUGAAAACUUUCUGCGGGGGAAGAAAAAGCUCUUAAGUUUCUUGUCUUCUUUUGAAACUGUAGUGCAUAUGUUAUAACAUGUAUAUCAUUUACAGUAUUGAGUCCUGUGCCACUGCUGUACCUGAUGUAUCCAAUCUGGAUUAAACAAACUAUGUGCCACAA